AUGGCAGUCUCAAUCCUGCUGCUCCUACUGCUUCUACUGCUGCUGCUCUCCGCGGGAAGCGCUUCCAUCGGUGUGGAGUUGAGCCAAUUGGAUGAUUUAAUGGCGGUGCCCACGAGGGACCUGCCUCGGGUGCAGCUGUGGCUGCGUUUGGGUCAUCAGCACGGGGAUGCCGCCAAUGUCUAUGUCCAGUGGUUGCUGCAUCGCUCCCAGGUGCCCCUAAUAGUUCUGGGCUACGAGGCGGACCAGGACCAGUGGCUGGACGACCGCUUUGGUCGGGAGAAUCUGGCUCUGGUCAUGACUCUGGCGGACCUCAUCUCGAAUCGGGGUGCAGCCGGCCCCAGCCAGCGGGCCGGGGUCUUCUUCUACGUACUGGCCGAUCAGAGUGAGGGACUCACGGUGUGGGAGCAGGGCCAGCUGGAGGAGAGCUGUCGACAGCUGUGGACGCGCCACAAGAUCUACAACCGGUACAUCCUCUCGCUGGAAGGGAUCUGGAUAUACGAUCCCUUCCGGCGCAGUGGACAGGCCUUUGGCCGCCUGGUCCCCUACACGGGCCAUGAGCCGCUGUCCAAGUACCUCUUCCACGACAUGGGCGGCUAUCCGCUACGCGUGCAAAUGUUCAAGUCCGUCUACACCCGGCCGGAGCUGGACCCGAAUACGGGUUUACUGGUCAGUGUCACAGGCGUCGACUUCUCCGUGGCGCAGAUACUGCAGGAGAAACUCAACUUUACCCUGCUGCUGCAGCAGCCAGAUAAGAACUACUUUGGCGAACGCAGUGCAAAUGGCAGCUACAACGGAGCCAUCGGUUCGAUCAUCCAGGAUGGCUUGGACAUCUGCCUGACGGGCUUCUUCGUGAAGGACUACCUGGUGCAGCAGUACAUGGACUUCACGGUGGCCGUCUACGACGAUGAGCUGUGCAUCUACGUGCCCAAGGCGCAUCGCAUACCCCAGUCCAUACUGCCCAUCUUUGCGGUCGGCUACGACAUCUGGCUGGGCUUCAUCCUGUCCGCCUUUGGCUGUGCCUUGAUCUGGCUGCUGCUGCGCCUGAUCAACCUGCGCCUGGGGAUCGUCAAGCUGCGGGAUCGGCAGCUGUACAAGCAGGCGCUGGGCAUAAUGGUGGACACGUGGGUGGUGUGGGUGCGCGUGAAUCUGGCGAGGCUGCCCGCGAGCUAUACGGAGCGGAUGUUCAUUGGAUCGCUGUGCCUGGUUAGCGUGAUCUUCGGGGCCAUAUUCGAGUCGAGCCUGGCCACGGUGUACAUCCAUCCGCUGUACUACAAGGACAUCAACACCAUGCAGGAGCUGGACGACAGUGGUCUGAAGGUGAUCUACAAGUACACCUCCAUGGCGGAUGAUCUUUUCUUCAGCGAGACUUCGCCGCUCUUUGCCAGUCUCAACAAGAAGCUGUCCUGGAACCGCGACCUCCAUGCGGACGUCAUUGACGAUGUGGCCCGGAACGGGGGCAAGGCCGGUGUCUCUCGCUAUACCUCCCUCAUGCUGGAGUCCUCCCUCUUCAUGCUGCUGCGCCGUAUCUGGGUGGUGCCGGAGUGCCCCAAGUACUACACCAUCUCCUAUGUGAUGCCGCGCGACUCGCCCUGGGAGGACGCCAUCAAUGCCCUCCUUCUGCGCCUCCUCAACGCCGGCCUCAUCGUCAAGUGGAUCGCGGACGAGAAGUCCCGCGUCGACAUCCAGAUGCGCGCCCGCACCCUCGAGGCCAACGCUGAGGCCGACCUCGCACGUGUCCUCACCAUCGGUGACCUCCAGUUGGCCUUCUAUGUCGUCCUCGGUGGCAACCUGCUUGCCCUUCUCGCCUUCCUGCUGGAGCACCUCUGGCGCAAAGUCUUCCAGGGGGUCGCCUCUCCACCUGUGGGCAAGUGAAGCUGCCACGACAUGUUUUGGGUUGGGUUCCUUUCAACAAAUUCCAUGUGUAAAAGGGACGGCCAUAUUUCCUUUGAUCAGGAAAGAAAACACUUGAUAGUAGACCAUUUCGGAAUGCCUAUUUCAGUUUUAUGAAUAGCCUUGAUGGCCUCCGGAGUUAUUCCCUCGAGGUCGCUUCAAAAACUCGAGUUCUUUGACAAUGCGCCCGAAAAUAAACAGCAUUUGGAAAACGUGCAGCGUCAUCUCAUUUUCAACCACUGAAUAGCGCGAAAAUUGUUGACCGAACUUCGGCGAACAAUUCAUUUUGGAAGGUUUCCCUGCAACGUUUGCAAAUUUCAUUUUCCAAAGGCCAGCGGCCAAAUGGAGGCAGCAAUUAAGGCACACACACGCGCCCUGAAGUGGGGGGUACAUGGGCUUAUAUAAUUUAGCCAAGUUAACAAUGAUACGCACCAGCAGCGAUUGCCAUUCUGGCGAACAGCAGUCGCCGGGGCUGCGUCGAAUCGAAUUGGCAGCCUCCAAAAUGCAGUUGGCAAUUCAAGGUUCUCAUUACAAAUGCAAAGGGACUAAGGACA